ACACACACACACAUUGACAAAUUUUCUCUGUUCUUGCAACUUCCUCUGUUCUGUUCUAUUCCCACAUCUUCUUCUGACCUUUGCAAUGGCAGUGUCCGGGUUCGAGGGUUUCGAGAAAAGACUCGAGCUUCGUUUCUUCGACCACGACGACUCAAUAACCAACAAUAACAACCCGAUGGGUCUCCGUUUAAUCGACUUCGAAUCUCUAGACCAAGUCUUAAACGAAGUGCAGUGCACGGUGGUCUCCGCCGUAGCCAAUCGCAGCUUCGACGCAUACGUUCUCUCCGAGUCGAGCCUCUUCGUGUAUCCAACCAAAAUCAUCAUCAAAACGUGCGGCACCACGCAACUCCUCAAAUCAAUCCGACCGUUGAUCCACCUCGCGCGUAAUCUCGGCCUCACGUUACGCGCGUGUCGCUACUCGCGCGGCAGCUUCAUCUUUCCCAAAUCUCAGCCUUUCCCUUACACAAGCUUCGACGACGAAGUCACCAUCGUCGAAGAAACCCUCCCGAAAUCUCUCCGUUACCGUAAAUCCUCCGUCAUGACGCCGUCUAAUAACCCCUCACGUGCUUGGCACGUGUUCACCGCCAGCGCUGACGUGGAAUCCGACGAACAGGUCGUUGUGGUCGAGGUGUGCAUGACGGAGCUUGACCGAGUCAACGCUCGAAGCUUCUUCAGACGGAAAGGAGACGAGAAAAACAGCGAUUCCGCGGGGAAAGAGAUGACGCGGCUGAGCGGUAUAGAUAUGAUAAACGCAAACGCGUUUAUUUGCGAUUUCGCGUUUGAUCCUUGCGGUUACUCGAUGAACGGAGUCGACGGGGACCGUUACUCGACCAUCCACGUCACGCCUGAGGACGGCUUUAGCUACGCGAGCUUCGAGUGUGGUUUGUCUCUCUACGAAGACGGUCACGGAGAUAUCGCUGAGGUUUUGAGCCGCGCGGUUAAUGUUUUCCGGCCAGGUUCCGUCUCAAUAGCCACCACUUACGGCGGCGAGGAUUAUAACCACGAAGUGACGAAGCGCGUGGAGCGCGUGUUGGCUAAGAAGCUUGGUCUUAAGUGUCGGAGCCGUCUUAUGGACGAGUUUCCAGGCUCUGGAACAGUCGUUUUUCAGUCAUUCACGCCUCGCCGGAAAUAGUCUUCGCCGGAGGAGGAGGAACAAACAAAAAAAGAAAGGGGUUUUAGGAUUUAAUUAGCUGAGAGGAGAAAAGAAGGGAGGUGAUGACGUGGAGGGAGAUGAUUGGUUGACUUGGGUAAGGAAAGAGAUAUAUAAAAGUGGGAACAUAUGAUCAUGCACCCCACUUUGCACUUGUGGCAGUGUCACGCCUAAGCAUUUUUGAGGUUCAGUGUUGUAGAAUUUUAGUGGGGGAGGGUAAAAAAAAG